UACUAAACUUGAGUAGCCGCUAGCGCGAUCUCUACCGAGCCUACGGACUCUAACUCCGAGCCACCUAGCACCAAUGUAACCAAAAUGAAACCGACAACCAGCAAAAGGCCGCAUGCAUCGAGCCGCCAACCACGGCCGCCGGACGAGCCGCAAAGGCCGCCACCUUUCCGGCCACCCCCGGAAGCACGACCUCGGGUGCACACGAAUGCAACCGAGACAUACCAGUUGCACGCAAUCAGCAUAGAUGUCGCAGGGUCAGCUGCCCGAACUCGCCCGUGGGUACCCAAGCAGCCGCAGCAGCACAGCGCCCGCAAACAGCAAACGCGGCCGGGCAGACAGCCCGCAGAAUUAGAAGCACUGCCGCGACAGACGCCGCUUAGCACAAACGCCCGUAAACUGACGACCACCAGACGAGUCCCAGUGGCCGGGGAAUUAAACACCGAAACCUGUGCCAUCCCCACGGCCUACGUCGAGACGACACCUGUUUGCCCAAAGGCCCAACCGACCGACGAUGCAACGCCCGCCCAAACGACCACCACGGCACACGUCGAGACGACACCAAAGGCCCAACCGACCGACGAGGAGACGGCUACCCAGACGACCACUACGGCACACGUCGAGACGACACCAAAGGCCCAACCGACCGACGAGGAGACGGCUACCCAGACGACCACUACGGCACACGUCGAAACGACGUCGGUUCGCCCAAAGGCUCCAACAACGGCGACAACAAGCCCCUUGGCCGGGACCAGCACACGACCAACCCCGCCUAUCACGGCGGCCGAAAAAGCGACACCGGCAAGCGAGAUUCCAGCGUUCUUGGAAGGGCUGACCAUGACACGGCAGCAUUUUAUCAAGCGCUCGAAACGAACGCUAUUUUACCGAGGCCGACGGUUGGCCCUACAGAGACUAGAAGGCGAGCAGGUAUUGGUGCGGUACGGCAGUGGACGUUGCGUCCUACAUUUAUAUGACUGAACAGCGGAAGCUGAAUUGCAUUAGUUAAGGAGCCAUGUAAAAUUUGUAUGAUUAAUCCAAUAAAUUUGAAUUGUAUUAGUUUAAGAACCAAUGUGAGAAUUUGUACGUCUAGGCCAAUGAAUUUGAAUUAUAUUAGGUUGAGUAUCAGUUUAUGAAUAAUAUAUAGAGCUCACUAGUUGUAAGUACGCAUAAUCGUAGGAUAAGACGCCUUGUACUUUAAAUUAAGAAUUUGCUAUUAAAUAAAGAUUCCACACCCGCUUCCCGCUCAUGGCACACGCCAACCAGGACAGCCAGCCAGCCAGCCAGCCAGCCAUCCUCCAGCCGAACCAUCGUGGGAGAUCGAAACCGCUCCUUCCACCGGCCGCCAGCGAAGUAUCAUUGUCCGAAGUGAGGGGGGGACUGUAACGUGGCUUUUACCACCUUACAAUAAUUUACGUCAACUUCGCUCCACAGUACAUCAUGUACCUUCACCAUACCACCAUACGUACUAAACUUCACCGCAUUGACUACGCACCCAACUCACCUCACUACGAUGAUGAAAGCUGCUAGAGCUUUUCACCAUACGUACUAACGCACCAUACGCAUACAACUUACCUCGCUACGGUGACGAAAGCUGCGCUAUGCUGCUAUAAAAGCAAGCACUUUACACCAAAUGCGAUCAUUUGCUCCAGCUCGCCGAACCGGACGGUCGCCCAGCAUCACGUAGGAAAGCAGCAGUA